UGGUGAAGGCCUUCCAGGAGUACACAGAGCCGGAGGGAGCCGACCCAGCCUCUCCCCAGAGACGGGCUCCCCCAGCAGGGGGGGAUGACGAGGGCGUGGUGCUACCGCUCGGUGACAACGUACUCACACACAACCUGGGCAUUCCAGUACUAAUCGUUUGCACAAAGUGUGAUGCAGUCAGUGUUUUAGAGAAGGAGCACGACUUCAGAGAGGAGCACUUCGACUUCAUCCAGUCCCACAUCCGACGGUUCUGCUUACAGUAUGGAGCUGCCUUGAUUUACACCUCCGUCAAAGAGGAGAAGAACCUGGACCUCCUCUAUAAAUACAUAGUGCACAAAGUAUACGACUUCCAGUUCAGCACGCCUGCCUUAGUGGUGGAGAAGGAUGCUAUUCUGAUACCAUCUGGAUGGGACAAUGAGAAGAAGAUUGCAAUUUUGCAUGAGAAUUUCACAACAGUGAGACCUGAAGACCCCUUUGAAGAAUUCAUCAUGAAGCCUCCAGUACGGAAGCUGGUUCAUGAUAAGGAGGUCAACGCGGAGGACGAGCAGGUGUUCCUUAUGAAGCAACAGUCUUUGCUGGCCAAGCAGCCGGCCACACCAACAAGAGGAGCAACAGAAUCUCCUGGACGGACUGCUUCUGGCUCUCCUCGGCCCACUGGCCGUACAGGCCCUACCAAUGUGGCCAGCGUCUCGCCAAUGACCGCAGUCAAGAAACCUGACCCCAACAUGAAGGGAGCAGCAGCAAACGAGGGAGUUUUGGCCAACUUCUUUAACAGCCUUUUGAGUAAAAAGACUGGGUCCCCUGGGAGUCCAGGCACCGGAGCUGCAGGAGCAGGAUCUCCAGGAUCAGUCAAGAAAACAGGGCAGAAGCCGGUUUUGACUGACGUCCAGACAGAGUUGGAUAGAAUGACUCGCAAACCGGACUCCAUGGUUACAGCUAACAACACACCACCAACAGAGAAUGAAGCGUGAACGCAACAACAGCAUUGUCCACUGCAAAUACUCUGGAAAACAAACACACAAGCAUAAAAAAAAACGAAAUAUGACCAAAUUCCCAAUGUAUAGAUCAGUCAGCAGACUGUUUCGCCAAAUGAGUUUGAGAUGCUAUCAGCUAUAUUGGUUAUAUUGGUAAGAUGGGGACAGAACGAAAGGUGGAGGUUUGGAGAAGGAGGAUGUUGAAGACUUGGCUGUAUCUAUCCUUAUUACUUCAAUUGUAAUGGUUUUUUGCGAGGGAUGUCAGGUUAAGUAAUGCGUGCGCACUCCUUGGGAGGCAACCAAAUCCCCUGGUCUGGGAGCCCUCAGUUAGCAAGGGGAUACACCCUCCCUCACAAGCUUAAAGAGUGGAAAAGUGCUGUGGCCUCUUGUUCAGCUAAUCUUAUGGAAGGAAAGCGGUUGCGAUAAGAACAAUUAAACCCUAAAUAUAUUCAUUUAAAAAAAUGAAAUACUUGCAAGCGUAUGUAUUAUGUAAAAAAGGUUAGAGAUGAUACUGAUGUAUUUAUAUAUAAAAAAAAUCGUUAUUUUCUUUUUUUCUGCACUGUUAGAAAAGGGUUUAGAUAGCUAUAUCUCAUAACAUGUUAAACUCCACUGACGUCAUGACACUAAUGUGACAAAUACAGAUAGCUGAUAGCAAACAGUGCCGUCUGCCCACAAAAUGGCAGGUCCAACUAGUCAUCUUUAAGGAUUCUGUAAAUAUCUGCGAAAUUGCAAUUCAAGCUUUGGUUUUAUUUUGUACAAAAUGCAAUUCUUUUACAAAAUUAUGAAGAAAUGUCUGGGAUAAAAUGAGCAUUGUUGGGAUUGGCAAGUGUAGAGUUUGCAAGGAAUGCUCUUUUGGCUAGAGGUGUUUUAGGGGCAGCAUCUUUCCUACUAUAACUCCCAAGUGCCUGGCACAGUAACUGUUUGUGUCAUAGUGGAGCUGCUUGUCUACUUAAAGAGGAAAUGCACUGUAGCACCAACGAUAAAAGGUUGUUGUCCAGUUCGGUCAUUCAAGUAAUUUAUUUUGUUUAAUUUUUUUGUAUAAGAAGUCUGGUCUUUGCAUAUGGUUUCAAGAGAAAUGUAGCUUCCGUGGCCUAUAUGACAUUGUUCGCUUGAGCAAUAAUGGGAAUGCCUUUCAUUUUAUAAACUGUAAAGGUAUCUAGAUGCAGAUUUUUAGAAGCAACCACAAGUUUUAGAGUAUUUGUGUCCCCCAGAUGAACACUUGCGUGGUUUAAACCACUCACUUGCGCGGCCAAAUCAUAUGGAAAUCAAUUACCACGGUUUUAAUGAAAUGGGUUAUCCUUAAAAAUAAUUAUUUAGCUCUGUUCAUUUUCAGCUUCAAAUGUUUUUAUACAAGCUAUAUGGCAGGUCAGGUUAAACAUUCCCGAUUUCUACAUGAUGAAGAAAUCGUGUCCCAGUAGGAAAUUGAAAUGUCCACAGAUCUUUUGUGUGAUCUUCAGUGCCCAUUUACAAUGUUGGGUUUUUGCCUUCAGUGUACAUACAGUUCACAAUUUGUCCAUCUGUGCACCCUGCCUUCACUCAGGGUAGAUCUUAGUCAAUAUUAUCAGCCUUUGCUUGUGUCCUUUGUAGGUUUUUAAAUUGUCCUAGUUCUGCCAAUGUUUUUUGUUAAUUUUUGAAAAAUUACAUCCACUCUAAUACUGUACCAUAUCAAAUGAUUUGUAAAAAUCAUAAGAUUAUUUGAUUAAUCACAAUGAAAUAACUAGAUGAUCACCCUCAAAUCUACCUACAGUCUAGCUAUGGUUAAUUUGCAGAUCAGCAAUUGUAACAUUGAUUUCAUAAACUGUAAGAGCAGCUACUUGGCUUUUAAAACAACCUACAACAACAACGGAAACUACAUAGAAUUGGAACCUGGAACCAAAGAUGCAGCAAUCAGUGUGUUCUGUUUGUGUAGAAUAGUCUCAUUUGAUUCCCAGGUGACCAUCUCCCCUGGCCCUGUGUGGAACACCCAUCAUUCCAAAGUACAGUCUAAGGUGGUCCGUGUACUUAACCCCUACUUGAGUUGCCAGGCUAACUCAUUUAUUUAUUUAUUUUGCUCUGUAAGGGAAAAAAAACCACAAGACCAAGAGGUGUGCAGUCUACUUUAUUUUGUAUGAACUAAUCUCUUGUAAGAAUAAGAUGAGUACUGGCUGGAUUUUGAUUCUAUCAGAAUGAAGUGCUUAUUUUAUCUUCAUUGGGCAGAAAUGUGCAUCUAAGAUCUGUUGCUGAAAUUCAAGCACAAUAUUGGGACAGCCAGGAGUAUUUCCUUAUGUUGAAAUAAUCACCUUCAUUUGGAGAGUUGUAUUGAACCCCCAGAUGUUAUUGUUUAAACUAGAGAAUGCAUACUUCUCUUCCUGCCUGCUUAGAAUGUGUAUUGAUGAAUUACUCACAAAUGUGAUGCACUUAAUAUUGCGUUAAUAUUUUUGGGAUUAGCAGUAUAACGAACAUGGCCCUGGCAGUCAAAUCUGCUCCAGAAUUUUAAAACUAGACCUUUUCUGAGAUUUUUAAGAAAUUAUCCAAAUAAACUAAAAUGCUCCUUAGUUUUUCAUGUGUAUUUCUGUCACACCUGCCCAUUGCAGAGCAUCUCCUUAGUAUUAUUCUGUUAGAUUUUUCUGCACAACAAUGGUUGCUGUUUGCAAGCAUUAUUUUGCUUAAAUUAUAUAGGACAGAUAUCUUUAGGGUGGUAACAGCCUAGAAAUUCAUGAACUAGUUCACUCUGUUUGUCUUCCACAUAGUUACUAUACAUCUGCAUUAGCCAAACAGAAAUCUGGAUGUUUGGCUAGUACAUCAAGGAAAAGUACUAUCACGCUGCUUGAUUUCCAAAUUGCAUGUUUUUGAUGAUUGGAUAUCCCCAAGAUUGAAUGAAAAACAGAUCUUGUAAAAAAAAUGUUCAUGCUUAAGUUAAAAGCGACUGCUCUAUACAUCAUCUUAGUGAUAUGCCUUCAGCCCUUGAAAAUAUACACAUAUAGGAGAUUUUGAAAGCUUUUGCUUCCAGUCCUUUUUAUUCAGGAUAUAAAAACAUUUUAACCACAUGGAGUACUGUGUUUGUGCCCUGGACAUAUUCAAAUGAGUGUUAUUGUAUGGCUUUAACAUGAUUCAGUAUGCAGCCAUGUGGUAUCUCGCUUUUUGUGCCGACAAAGAUAAGGAAGAGUGUGUGUCAGCCCUGGCUUCAAUAAAACAAAGAAUCCAGA